AGGUUUAUUAUUUUCUUUUUUUACCUAUGGCGAGGGUUAGGAAUGCGAACCCGACGAUUAAACCCAGGUACCCGACCAAGGGCAGAAUCCACAUGGCUGCGGCGGGAGGAUAUGGUAUAUUGUGUUUGCUGUAGGGGGAGGAGAUAGAUGCGCGCGAAAUCAAGGUAUACACGAAUGAAGUGUCAUUCCGUUGUUUGUGUUGGAAUCGACGCUGUUCUGCAGAGCAAUAAACGUAAAAAAUAUCUGUUCGUUGGGUCGGUCUGGUCUUUGUAGCCAAAUAUUUAUGUAAAUAUGAUGACGAUGAAGUCUGUCCCAAAGAGGAAAAAGGCAACGACCAAGUCAAUUUUCUUAAAUUCCCACACUGAAUUUUUCUUUCUGCGCUAUUCCAAUCCCACAAACCGCUCAUACCACUUCACAUCCUGGAUAUAUCUCAGUUACUGCAGCUAUUUACGGACCUGAUAGAAGAAAAAGGGUAACUACAUAUUAAUACGAAGAAGCGGAAAAGAGACGGGAAAUAAUACUAUUGUCCAUUUGUUCGCCGGAAUAUCCAAAAUACGACGAGUGCUCGAAAAAUUCAAAUUUCACAAUGUCUCGUCCCGAAGACACUCUACCCCCAGAUCUCUUCUACAAUGACUCCGAAUCCCGCAAAUACACCACCUCUUCUCGAAUCCGCAACAUUCAAUCAGACAUGACCCACCGUGCCCUCGAACUCCUCGAUCUCAAAUCCCCCUCUCUAAUCCUCGACAUUGGCUGUGGCUCCGGCUUAUCAGGCGAAAUCCUCUCCGCCGUCCCGCCGUCCGAAGGCGGUCCCCACACCUGGGUUGGUAUGGAUAUCUCCCCCUCAAUGCUGGACAUUGCGCUUCAGAGAGAUGUAGAGGGCGACCUCUUUCUGGCGGACAUAGGGCAGGGUAUCCCGUUCCGUGCGGGUACAUUUGACGCAGCCGUGAGCAUCAGUGCCAUUCAGUGGCUGUGUAAUGCUGAAUCUAGUGACGUUAGUCCGGAAGGUCGGCUACGAAGAUUCUUUGAUGGGCUAUAUGCGAGUUUGCGUCGGGGUGCGCGCGCUGUGUGCCAGUUUUACCCUAAAAACGAUGCGCAGAGGAGCAUGAUUAGCGGGGCGGCCAUGAAGGCUGGGUUCGGUGCUGGUAUUCUUGAAGACGACCCUGGGACGAAGAACAGCAAGCUCUACCUUGUGCUUACUGUUGGUGGAGGUGGUCUGCAAGGCGACAUUACCGGUGUCGUGGAAGGCAUGGAUGAUGUUGAUGUUCUGGAUGCGAGGAAGAAGGCCAUGGCUGCUCAGUCUCAGGGAAGAAGAGGUGUAAACCCAGCACAGGUCAAAGGGUCCAAAGCUUGGAUUAUGAGGAAAAAGGAGCAGAUGGAACGCAAGGGCAAGAUCGUCAAACCGAAUUCGAAGUAUACUGGCCGAAAGAGACGUAUUGCCUUUUGAUCUCUUAUCCUUGAAAUUCUUUUUAUAUAUAAAUAUAUUACGUCCCCUCAGCUCAAACGGUCCUAUAUUGUGGCUUCUACGGCUACAUGGAGACUGACCGGCCUCCAUGUAACAACCUCCUCCUAUCACGUCCUUUGGCCGAUCACCCCGGAAACGAACUAUGCGAUGUUGGGGAAAAAUGCCUCACGCAUACCUCGAAAUCUCAUUUCCCCCAAGUACAGAGGCGGCCACCUGCUGGUUAGCUGCGAAAUGGAUUGGGCCUUUAUCGACCCCAGCAUGACCAAAAGGCUCUAUCAAAAACGACCUGAUUAUCAUUAUCUCUAAAGCCUGGGCAUUACGACUCUUCCGCUGCGAACCAAUAUUUAAAGGCUUUUUGGGUUGUAAUUCCCUCCCCAACCACUCUCCGAACUGUAUAUGGCACUCCACCACGGCGCGCCCCUAAGGAAAACAAAGAAUUAUCAUAAGAUACGAGUUUCGACUCUGUUUAUAUCUCUCAAAACACAUGGUACAUUUUUUCCCUAUCUAUUCGCCAUCGUGGAUAGAGGGAGAGAUCCCGAUGCCCGGAGCGUUGAGAUAGACAUCUUUCAAGAGAUCAGCCCAAAACCAAACUUAAUACACCAAGACAAAAUGAAAUAAAAAGCAAGCAGGGAGAGGGCUACGGCAACCAAAUAGCGAAUCAAUUAACUUCUCAACACGCUAGAGAAUAAUGAAAGGCAAAAUAAAUACGAAUCAAAAAACAAGGAAAACUAAAACAAAACCUAUAGCCAAUAUAUAUGUCCUAUUUCAUUAAAUUCUACACGCUAUGCGAUGACCAAUCUCAAUCAGCCAAAGAAUCUGAUGGGAUGGAUGGAAUGGACUGGUAAAUUCCUCCUACACCGUUUUCCACGUUUUGCUUAUCAUGUUUUUGUCCCCUUUCUCUUGAGCCUCGUCUACGAACCAUUGAAUUUUCCGUCCCCGACCACCUUCGCCCCAUAGCCAUAAACUGAUUGAGCGCCUCCACGCUUGCGGCUCCCGAGCCUCUGGCUCUUAAAAAAGUCCGAGAAGCAUUUUAAACCUUCGACCUAUUUAUGUCCUAUCCGGAAUAGGAUCUGAAUAAACCAAAGUAAGGGUCAGCGGUUCGAUGGGCGUUAUCCAGGGCGAAUGUUACAUAGCCGCCUCGUGCCUAGCUGGGAGUAUAAAAAGCGUGGCGAAAGUCUUUUUCCAUUGCAAAAGAAUUAAUAUUUUUUUAAGGCUUUUGUCUUCAUGUUUCUUGCAAAUAAAGGAAGGGGGAAAACUCUGCUGGAAACACGAAUGCCAAGGAAUAUAGGCGAUUCUGAGAAGGGACCUGUUUGGAUUCAUUAUUUGGUAGUAGGGUCCGCUGCCUUUGUUCAUAUGAUUUAUGCUUCUAUUUUUAUCGUGGUGACAUUCUGGUUGGCUAUGUGCUGCUAGAAGUCUGGACGUGUACCUGCAUACGAGUGCAUGCUUAGAUGCGCAUUAUUUACUGAAUAGAUUUUGAUAAGUGAAAGAGGAACGAUGAAGAGAUUGCACGUAGAAAUGAAGCACCACGGAAAUUUCCACGCAAAAUAGCUACACUGACAAAAACUCGUGUUAAUAAAUAUGAGAAAUAGAAAAUGAACGGAUACUUUAAUUGCAUUUUCUUGUACGUGGUUCUGUAAUUCAUACAAAGAGAAAAAAUAACCAAGAACUCUAAGGUGAUAAAGAUAAGAGAAAGAAAAAACAAUGUAGAGGAAAAUAUGGUUCUCAUGUACAGUUAACAGUGAUAUAGAUGAAAUUUCUAUGGACAAGCAUGAUCGGGGACUGAAAAUAAAUCAAUGAAGCAUGAAGAAAAUGAAAACAUAAUGCAGGCAGGAGGGCA